UGAUUCAAAUCAAUAAAAUACGCAGUCCACGCCGCCGCGCAGAUAUUUCUUUUGCGCUUGCGCUCAACCAAGUUUUGUGUGUCGGCAAAUAUAAGUAUGUCUAACAAAAAGCACAAGGAAAUGGAUAGACAGCGCGAGGGAAGUGAGAGCGAAGAAGAGCAGAAUUCUGGCAGUGAAAAAGAGUCUGAUGUCGACUCCGAAGGGAAAUACACGGGAGACCAGGAACUUCAAGCAGACUUUGAAGGCCGCAACCCUGAGGACUAUGACUUCUAUGGCAUAAAGCAGCUUCUGAGGCAACUAUUCCUCAAAUCGAAUGUGGACUUGGCAGGGCUUGCAGAAAUUAUAAUCUCUCAAAAUUAUGUAGGCAGUGUGGUGAAGCAGUGUCUAGAUGACCCAGCAGAUGAUGAUGAUGAUGAUGAUGUGGAUGAUGGAGUGUUUGGAGUCACCACUGUUAUUAACAUCACUAAGAGAAAGAAAGACCCGACGAUACAGCAAGUCACAGCCCUCCUAAACCAGCUUGCAGAGGACAAUGCUGAUAACGAAACCAAAGCUCUCAUCAAAAAGAUCCUGUCCGAUGACUUCAACCAUGUUGGUUUUGUGAUUAAUGAACGAAUCCUAAACAUUCCUGCGGCCAUCAGCGUGCCCCUGUUCUCAUCUCUUCAGUCAGAGUUGGAGAAGGCCAUCAAAAAGAACAUGCCAUACAAAUUCCAGUACCUCAUAUGGAUAUGCAAAAUAUACAACACUGGAGAAGCAGCAGCAGAUACAUUGUACGCGAAUGAGGAAGAGAAGGCGCUGGUGGAGGAAGCGCUAGCGAGCUUCGAAGUGGACGUAUCGGAGCAGGUCGACAACUCCCAGUGGGAUUUCGAGGGCGGCGCCUUGUUGCCCGGCAGAAAGGUCCUCAUAUUCGAAGGCAAGAAGUUCAACCAUCUCGUGAGGCUGAUAAAAGAGGAAGUGGAGGGGGGAGCUUAAUGCGGUUGUCAUAUUGAAUGCGUAUCGACACUCGGGUGUGCGAGCGGUCGUAGCUAUAUACGUUUAUAGCGCUGUCCCGCUCAUACACCGGUGGCGUACACAGAAGAAUCGAUGUUAGUAAUAGCGUAAAUGUGUAGCUUGUGAAGCUUCAUGUAUGCCAUUUAAACUUACUCGUGUAACCAUAUUUAUGUUUAAGAUUAAUAUACUAUUUUAACUCUAA